AAAAUUUUAAGUACAUUUUUCUUUUUUUCUAGGCUUUUAACCUUAGUUCCAAUUGCACGAUAUUGUUCAGAUAUGUUGUCUCGUGCAUACGCUGACUCUUAUUUUGCACAUAACACAAACUGUAGAAUUUUUACAUGAAGCAAAUAUUGCUCGUGUUCGAGAUUAUAUACGACAAAAGUCCCUGCACAACUCCAGCAUCCCCUUAAUUAAGGACAUUAUUAUGUCUUUAACAUUAUAAGUAAACAUAAAUUGAGAAAGUCUCGUGUUCAAACGUGUGGAUUAUGUGAAACCAUAUGUAAUGAGGACGAAGUACCCAGCCAUGAGUGUCUUCAAGGAUAUUCUAAUUUCAUUACAGAUGAUAAUUUGUACUUUUACCCUGUAUUAGACGAUGGAGAAACUAUUGUUAGAAGAAGCUUGACACAGGACGCUGAAACAAUAGCAUCUGUACCUUUUCAUGGUGAUAAUCAAGGUCAAAUAAAUAGAAUAUUUGAUCCAUUAAUAAUAAUAGAAAUUCCAAUCAAAAGAGCGCAAAGGAAAAACUGUCACUUGAGGAGGAGGAGAUGCUAAUAUUAGAAGUCCAAUGCAGAGAACCACUAUGGAAUUUUAGAUUACCUCUCAUUCAAAGAAAUUGCAGAAUUACAAGAGCUUUGUGGGAAGAAGUUUCUCAAACUUUUAAUGGGAAAUUAAGCGCAGCUGGAUGUAAAAGCAAGUUCAAGAAUUUUCACGACACUUAUAGGAGACUUGUGAACGCUGAGAAACUACCAAGUGGAUCUGCUUCCAAAAGCAACAUGAGCAAAUGGAAACAUUAUAAAAGUAUGGAAUUCCUUCGAGAUAGUUGCUUACAGAAAAGUACGAUUUCUAAUAUUAACGAUGGAGACAGCAACAGUAUUAUCGAGAAUGAUAAUGAAUUAGAUUGCCAAGAUGCGAAUAUGUUAGAAGUUACUAAUAAUGAAGAUAGUCAAGAUACGAGUAUAUUAGGAAAUCAUGUAAGAAAGAGAAGGCGAGCAGAGUCACAAAACAGUUACUUAGAACGUAUAGCAGACGCUUUAUGUCAACCACCUCCUGACAUUGUUCUUCCACCACCCCCUCAAGAAGACCAUAUAGAUGCGUUCUUAAAACUGUUUGGUCAUAACUUAAGAAAGUUAUCGCCAGAAAAACAAAAUGAAUGGAUGCAACGAUAUUUAAAUAUGUCUUACGAAAUGUUAAAAGAAAACCAAAGAUAUUAAUGAAAUAUUAACUUAAAUAUUAAAUUAGCUUAACAAAAAUU